CCCUGGGGAAGGAAUAGAAUCAGCUUGAGCGAGUUGUCAGUAGCCUUUGUUUUGGUGAGUUUCCGAUUGGCUUGUUUUCAUUUGUGGAGAUUUUAUCAGUUGUUUAGCUGGCCUGGAGGCUUCAGAAGACAGCGAAUACCACAGAAAUAGCUCGAUCCGGUCGCAGUUGGGCUUGUUAUGCUGAAGGAUCGGCUUCGCCCUAAUCAAGCGCAGAAAACGACGGACCGUCGGCCUCUUGACCACGGGGAUAUUACACCUGUGUUUUGCACCUGGUAAAAUGCGGCGUGACAGACAAAUGUGUCAGUGAGUGGUUGGCGGAGGAUAGAAGACGAUAUCUAAAUCCAGGGCAAGUUUUGUAAAUGACCUGGAUUAUUACUGACCCUAACCGAACUACGAAAUAAAACAACGCAAGCAUAGAAGGGGGAAACCGAGUCACCAGGGAUAACAGCGAUCAGAUAUUUCUUUCAAAAUGGAAGGGCUACGGUGCAGAUGGCUUGUGAGAACUACAAUCGCCAUAUCGCUGGUACUCGGGGACGUCACGGGGACCUACUCCACCAUGAGUACUGCAUUCUACGCCGAUAAUGACUUACAACAGACGGUGCUUGUUACAAGACUACCCGGCAGAGAAAAACGUGAAAUGCAACAAGAAAUUUUAACUCUCCUCGGCCUCCACCAGAAACCCAAGCCCAAGACCCACGGCAAAGGGGAUUCAGCGCCUAAAUUUAUGAUGGAUCUGUAUGAAAAGCUUAAAAACGAAGAUGGGGAAAUGACGGAUGAUGAUACGGUGUUUCGGAGCAGUCCGAGAAACGCUUCUGUCGGAUUAAACCCGGAUUUAUUGGAUGGUUCCGACGUCAUAAUGAGUUUUGUCAAUCACGAAGGAAGAGUUCGUAAACUUGCGAGAUGCCCGCGCCAACGUAACCGGUCCGAGCACGGAUACGCAUCACUUUGUCGGAGAUCAGCUAACAAAUUUUCCCACCUGCGCCAUGAACGUGACAGAACGUUCUACUUUGACUUCAGCGAGGUGGCUGUCGGCGAACACGUGUCUGGAUCUGAACUCCGGCUUUAUAAAGAACGUGCACACAGGUCGCACUUCCGGCACCAAGACUUCCACAUCGAGUUGUUCCGAAUGAAGCAGGGUCGUGACCCCGAAGAUAAAGUUUUGGAAUCAGAACUAAAUACUACCAUAAAGGGAGAUUACCGAGGAUGGCUUCGUUUGAACGUGACCGGGGCGGCUGAGAAGUGGACACGGAACCCUGGUUCAAACCUCGGCCUGUACAUGAAGAUUACCGGAGCUAGAGGUCAGGAUGUGGACCCAAGACCUAUUGGAAUAGUCGGCCGACGGGGCUCCACGGCCAAACAGCCGUUUCUGGUCGGGUAUUUCCGGAUGGAUACCGAACUGCACGAACGACGUCGACGAUCCGCUCGUCGGCGAAGUCGCCAAGACGUCACAUACGCCGAUCAACCUUCCUAUCCCGGCAACUUCCCAAGGUUCCAGCGAAAGGCCUGUCAACGCAGGACUCUGUAUGUGAGCUUCAGGGACCUUGGAUGGCAGGACUGGAUUAUCGCCCCUGAUGGCUACUCCGCGUUCUACUGCGACGGAGAAUGUGCCUUCCCCCUCGGAGCUCACAUGAACGCAACUAACCACGCCAUUGUUCAGACUCUAGUACAUCUCAUGGACCCGUUCAUGGCACCGAAACCUUGCUGUGCUCCCACCAAGCUGACGGCAAUAUCCGUCUUAUACUUCGACCAUAACUCAAACGUAGUGCUUAAAAAAUACAAGGGGAUGAUAGUGAAGGCAUGUGGGUGUCACUGAGAUACGAGACGCUGGUGUACACUCACAUGGGCCCCAUGGUGUUCAAAGCUUUCUCUGUGUGCAUAAAACUCGAUGUCUGCGGAUGCCGUUCAAGAGGACAACGUGACCUUUUGAUAGCAUCUAUCGAUCCGUGGAUGAAGAUACGAGAAAGCCAAUUCCACCAGCAAAACUGCCGCCAAUUUGAUAAUUCAAAUCCAUGGCUGACGGCCGAUUAUUAAAACACGCCAAUAUGUAACAGAUUUUCAGUUUCAAGAUAAAAACAAUCGGCUUCAGAGACCGUUGAACGUAGAUGGAAACCAUCAUGUUCCAAGUUUCACAGAACACAAUCAGCGCUUUGCCCAGACUGCGACCGGGCGUAUGACAUAAGAACGUCAGUCUUGUUUGAUCCUAGCAAUUGAGGAACAUGGCUUGCUUUUAUAGCCAAAGAACGACAUGUUGGACAUGUUAAGCAAACGUCCAACAAAAUGGCCGUUGUCGUGGAAUUCCAAAGAACAUGCUGAAGACUCGUUGCAAAGAGGGCUACUACAUCCUCUGUAGAUCCCGUCUGUUCUAUGAUGGCUGGUGUAGUGUCGACUAGAACACGGUGAUUCCUCGGAAUAUAGAACAUGGCAUAUUCCAACGAGACAACCGUUCAUGGUACUUACAUUUACCCUGCUUCGACAUUGAUGUUCUGUACGUUGCGCAGAACAGAGACAUACCGACAAAAGGGGCUAUUUUCUAUUGAAAGAUACAGAUUGUUGACAUUUUGUAUGGACACGUGGGUAGAUUUGAAUGGCGUAUUAACAGGUAUGAAAAUAAGUGUAAAAUGAUAUUUUCUCAGUCUCUCAAGGCAUUGUAUAUUUAGUUGAUUCAGUUUGAAGAUAAUGUGUAUGGAGUGUUUUGUAAUGUAAUACAGUCAAACAACGAUGUGUCGAAGUCACGGUUGUAUCGAAGUAAAGGUGUGGUCCCAG